AUGAGCAAGAGAGCAAGGAGUCCAAGGUUGGAAGUGAGUCUGAACCUGUCCCCUCCAAGGGCAGCAAGCUCCGUGUCUUCUUCGGAUCUAUCAUCGGAUUCUUCUUCCAGUUCGUCGCAGGUUUCUGUCCAAUCGUUGGAGAGUUCGUGCGUGUCUUGUGAAGCUGAAGAAACAAGGGCCAUGCUUCUCGUAGGUUGUCCUCGCUGUCUCAUGUAUGUUAUGUUGUCGGAGGUUGAUCCCAAAUGCCCCAAGUGCAAGAGUACUGUGUUGCUUGACUUCCUCAACAACGAAGAAAACAAUAAGAAGAUUCAUUAA